UCGUAUAAAAAAUGCUACAAGCACGUGAAAAUACGAACUGAUAGUAAAAUCUUUGAAUAUCAUUAUUCUGUAGAUCUGUGAUCUGUAGAAUAUAGUUUCGAAUUGUCUCUAGUGCUCUUUACUCGAUUUUGAGAGUAUAAUAAUUUGAACAGUAAUUUAAUAAAAUAAUUGUGUCGAUCCACACUGUCUUUUGAAUCAUAUAUCAUGGAUAAUGAGUACAAAGUUGGAGCAUUAUGCGAAUUGAUAGCAUCUAGUGGGAAUAAAAAGAAAACAAAAAAAGAUAAGAAUAAGGAGAAUAUCAAAUGUCAACUUCAAACAAAAACAAACUUGGAUAAUUUACCUAAAAAUGAAAGUGUAGAAAAAUCCAAGAAGAGAAAAUCAAAAAAUUCGAAUAAACAAUCAAUAAAAAAAAUUAAAACAAUUACUAACAAUUCUCCACAAAUUGAAGCUGUUGAUAAAAAUUCAGAAAUAAUUAAUGAAGACACAAACUCCGGAGUUAUUGCAUCUAAAACUUUUGAAAAAAAAUUUAAAAACAAAAAAGACAAAAAAUUCAAAAACAAUUCAAUUAAAUCUAAUAAUGAAACUAAGAUAAUUGAUGAAAAUUCUUUAGUUUCUCCAAAAAUUGAAGCUGUUGACAUAAAACCAGAAUUAUUAGUAUCAGCCAAUCAAGCCAAAUUAACUAAUAAAACAAAUCAGAUUAAUGAAGAUGCAAACUCAGGUGUUUUUGCAUCUAAAACUUUUGAAAAAAAAUUAAAAAAAAAAACAAACAAACAAACAAACGACAAUUCAACUAAACCUAAUGAUAAAACUAAGAAAAUUGAUAAAAAAUUGUCUACAACUAACUCAUCAGUUAUAAAAUCUUCUGAGGAGUAUACUGAAAAAGAGUCAAGAACUGUGUUUGUUGGAAAUGUUCCUGUUGAUGUUAAAAUGUCAGCAAUUAAAAGUCUGUUUAAACAGUUUGGAGAAGUAGAAACUACUAGAUUAAGAAGUGUAGCUGUUAAAAAUCUUGACAAGCCUAAACGUGUCUCUAUAUUAAAAGGAGAUUUUCAUCCACAAAGAGACACUGCUAAUGUGUAUGUUCGUUUCAAAACCAUUGAACAGGCACAAAAAGCAUUGGUUUUAAAUGCCACACAGUUUGAAGGACAUACAAUAAGAGUAGACAUGGCUUUAAAUUCAGGUCAUAAGCAAAAUAUGAAAAAAGGAAUAUUUAUUGGAAAUCUGCCUUAUAGUAUUCAGGAAGAUGAAAUAUGGGACUAUUUUAAAGAUUGUGGAUCAAUAUCAGCUGUGCGCAUAGUCCGUGAUAAUGCAACAGGUGUGAGCAAAGGUUUUGGCUAUGUAGAUUUUGAAAAUAAAGAAUCUGUUGAAUUAGCUAUGCAAAUCCAAGGUAAAAAAGUUCAAAAUAGAGAAAUUCGCAUUAAAAGAAUUGAAACAAAAAAAAAUACAAAUAAGGUGUUCAACAAAAACCCCUUACCAUUUAAAAGAACCAGACCUAUGAAUAAAAGUAGUCAAAACUUCCAAGGAGAAACAAUGAAGCCAAAGACACAAAAAAAGAAACAAAAGCCAACAAAAACUGAUUUAAUGAGAAAGAAGAUUGCUAAAAAAUUAAAUGCGUAAUCCAAUUUAUAUUGAAUUAUAAAAUUGAAAAUUUACAAAA